CGCCAGCAGCGAUGCGUAUGCCAACCAAGAAUACUUCCAGAGCUUUCUGCCUAAAUCGUCGAAGCAUUCGAAGCGGCACACAGAGAAAGAGUCAGACAGUUUUGAUCGACGCGAGCGAACCUUAAACGCACGGACGUCACCGGCGUAAUGGAAAAGGUGUCAGCACUGAAAGACAAAGGCAACGCCGCGCUGCAAGAAGGCAAAUAUGAUGAAGCGGUCAAUUAUUACACAGAGGCAAUCGCUUUGGAUGGUAAUAACCACGUAUUGUAUAGCAACAGAUCAGCGGCCUAUGCCAAAGCUGAAAAGUACGAGCAGGCGCUAGAGGAUGCUACGAAAACGGUAGAGCUAAAGCCUGACUGGGUUAAGGGCUACUCUAGAAAGGGUAGCGCUCUCGCGUACCUCGGCAGAUUGGACGAGUCGAUAAAGGCAUAUGAGGAGGGUCUCAAAUUAGACCCUGAUAAUCAGCAGUUGAGGGAGGGCUUGUCCGAAGUGCAGGCGCAGAGGAGUGACGCAAAUCCUUUUAACGCCCCAGAUAUCUUUGUAAAAUUGCGCAGCGAUCCUAGGACUAAAGCGUACCUCGACGACCCUGAGUAUGUUAAACUGAUCCAGGAGCUCAGGAGUAAUCCCAGGGUUCUUGGAGCUAGGCUGCAGGAUAAUCGAGUACUGACGACAUUGAGCGUACUUCUUGGACUGAAUCCUGGAGACAUGGACGAGCCGAUGGAUGUCGACCCGCCAAAGCCUACGAGAGAGACUUCCCAGCCUAAGCAAGAGGCCAAACCCGAGAAAAAAGAGGAUGAGAAUCUUCCCGAGGAGAAGAAGGCAGCUAGGAAAGAGAAAGAACUUGGAAACGAGGCAUAUAAGAAAAAGAACUUCGAGGCUGCUUUAGAACAUUAUAAUAAAGCCAUCGAGCUUGACCCUACGGACAUCACGUAUCGAAACAAUGUCGCAGCAGUUUACUUUGAGCAAAAAGAGUAUCAAAAGUGUAUAGAACAAUGCGAGCAGGCCAUUGAGGUUGGUCGGGAAAAUAGGGCAGAUUUUAAACUGAUAGCCAAGGCGUUCACUCGAAUUGGAAAUGCCUAUAAGAAAUUAGAGAAUUGGAAGCAGGCUAAAGUUAAUUACGAAAAAUCUAUGUCCGAGCACAGAACACCCGAGAUUAAAACCCUCCUGUCUGAUAUCGAUAAGAAAAUCAAGGAACAGGAGAGAAAGGCCUAUAUCGACCCGAUCAAAGCUGAGGAGGAAAAGGAGCUCGGAAAUCAAAAGUUCAAGGAUGGAGAUUACGUCGGAGCAGUAAAACACUACUCGGAAGCCAUUUUGAGAAACCCUGACGAGCCAAAAUAUUAUAGUAACAGAGCAGCCUGCUAUACUAAACUUGUAGCUUUUGACUUAGGGUUAAAAGACUGUGAGAAGUGUGUAGAAAUUGACCCAAAAUUCAUCAAAGGAUGGAUAAGAAAGGGUAAAAUCCUUCAAGGAAUGCAGCAGCAAGGAAAAGCUCUGUCUGCUUAUCAGAAAGCAUUAGAAAUAGACCCAUCCAAUAGCGAAGCGCUCGAAGGCUACCGCUCUUGUACCGUCGCUGUUAGCUCCAAUCCAGAGGAAGUGAGGAAGAGAGCCAUGGCUGAUCCGGAGGUUCAGAACAUCCUCAGAGAUCCGGCGAUGCGUUUGAUUCUUGAACAAAUGCAGAGCGAUCCAAAAGCGCUCCAAGAUCACCUUAAAAAUCCGGACAUUGCGGCGAAAAUUCAAAAGCUUCUUGAAUCCGGACUUGUAGCAAUACAUUGAAAAAGAAAGGAGAAUGGAACAGCCAACAAUAUCUAUAAGAAUUUACCAGCUGUACCCGCCUUAGAAGAUAACAACAUAAUACAAUAUAACAUUCUAUUAUCGCUGUGUUUCUUCAUUACGAUGAGGACGGCUUUACAUUUAGUUAAUGAUACGUUAAUUUUACAAUUUCUAUCGUAUUCUACGUACAAUUGGGUGAAUGAGGUUUUCAACUCCACCGAGUGCUUGCCUUUACUGUUUUGUCUCUUGUAUUGUAUCAUGAUACGAUUGUCGAUUUGCUAGUCAAAUCGGUCAAAUAACGUUUCUCGAUUUUUGCAUAAAAAUGAUCAGAUACGAAUUAUGAAUUUCCCAGUGUCUGAUAUUGGGCAAGUUUUUUGUAUCCGUGAAUAAUUGAGCUAAAGGAAAUAAUAAAUACCUAUUGUCGCAUUGUACUUUA